AUGCCAGUGUUUUACACCCCGAUACCCCAGAAUCUCAGGGUGGGUCUGGCACAUGCCAGUAACGCCAUAUUUCUCAACAACAGAACAAGAGAUAGCGGUUAUCUUCAUGGACAUGGAGUUGUGAAUGAAGUUUACAGCCAGAUUUCAUCUGACCUGCCUCUACAGAUGCUUCUCUACUUCAAUAUGUUCUUCUUCCCUUUCUGGUGGCUCUCUGAGAUCGCCAUGUUGGAUUUAAAGUUCACCCUAUUGCCUGGAUACUACCAGUGUCUGAUGGUGGUUGGAAUGAUAAUAAUUAGCAUACUUGAGGUUCUCCGUGUGUACCUCGGCUACGUUGGGAACCUGAAAGAGAAGGUCCCAGAGCUUGCUGCUUUCUGGCUGAUCUCUCUAGCCUUCCAACUGCCCAUCCUUCUCUUCUUCCUCACUGAUAAAGGCUUGCUGAUCCUCCCUCUGGAGCGAGUAGUACACUGCCUGUAUCUGGGCUUCCUCCUGUCUGAGGUGUUGUCUUCAUUUGUUGCACUGAGGGUCAUGUCACGGAAACUCGCUCUGCAAUUCCACCUCGGGCAGUUCAGCAGGACUGUAGACACUUGCUCUGUGUUCAGCUUCUCUUGUGGACACAGGAGUGUGUUACCUCUGCUUCCUGUCAGAGACAAACAACCACAGUGA